AUGUCACUUCGAGAUAGAGAUAUAGAAGAUCUAUUGUCUGCUUUGGAAAGUGGUGAUAUUUCCGAUGAUGGCCUGGAAGACGAGGAUGAUGAUGAGGAACGUUUUUAUAGCAAUGUUCGAGAAAUUAUCCACGAUUUAGAAGAAGAGAACGUCGAUACUCCUAAUGAUGAUAACGAUCCUCCACUUGUUCAGGAUGUAGAGGCAGAUCCUGUGCACGAGUCUGAACCUAGGGAAGGAAAUCAAAAUUUAUUGAAUUCUUGUUUCGACAAAAGAAAACUUAUUUGGAAAACAGACAUUUUAGUUUUUGACGAAUCUAAUCUUACACAUAAAGCCAGUGUUACAGACCCUGAGAACGCUGACCUCGAUACACCAUACAGGUGCUUCCUACAUUAUUUCACGCCAGAAUUCAUUAAAAAAAUAGUAAAUGAAACAAAUUUGUAUGCCACGCAACAAAAUCCUACAAAAUCAUUUUCAAUAAGUGACGCCGAACUAAAAAAAUAUCUAGGUAUCUUAUUAUUUAUGUCUGUUGAACAUUUUCCCAGUGUCCGCUCCUAUUGGAAUGAGAAGUUUGGUUACGACCCUGUUAGGAAAGUUAGGCCAGUUAACCGUUUUGAGGCUAUUAGAAGACACACUUCAAUGACAAUAACAAACAUCUUCCAAAGGAGCAUCCAGACCAUGACCGCUUACAUAAGAUUAGACCUGUAA